GACCUUAGUACUUAGAGCUCCACUGGGAUAAAUCCGGACGAACUGAUUUCAAAUUUCAACAUGGCUGCUGGUAGAAAAUUCUUACGCACAAUUUUAAGCUGUCCUCCGAAGACCAGGAGUAUCGGCAGUUUUUUAAAAUUACAGUUGACUUCAACCCGUUGUCUCUCGUCAAAUUUCCUCGUAAAAUAUUCAAAAUCAUCAAAACGUUUUAGUUCCAACAAACAAAGUGUCUACGAUGUUGCAAUUGUAGGAGGAGGUGCAAUAGGGUCAUCUUCAGCGUACUUUCUAGCUAGCAAAAUGCAAGGACAGGGAAAAAUUUGCGUGAUUGAAAGUGAUCCUACGGUGAGUUAACAUUCCUUUCAGAACAGAUUGCUUUCAUCCAUAGUUGUCACGCGACGGGGCUGCGUAAAUUAAAAUCGAAGAGACCUUAUUGCGACUUCCUUUUUUUUAAAAUUUAUUUUAUCAUUUAAGUAUUUUUUAAACGAUUGCGACCAUAGCCUUCAUUAUAAUUUUUCAUUCUAUAUUGUCUUUUUAUUUUUGUGCUAUAAAGUACUCAAAGGCAUCAACAACCCUGUCGGUUGCAUCAAUAAGGCAGCAGUUCUCCAUGGCUGAAAAUAUCCAAAUGUCACAAUAUGGCUUUCAGUUUUUAUCUGAAAUUGAACAACAUUUAGCCGUUGAUGGUUGCGACCCCCCUGAUGUUCAACUGCAUUAUCAAGGUUAUUUGUUUUUAGCAAGCAAGGAAGGAGAAGAAAGAAUGAAGGAAAAUCAUGUGACUCAGAGGUGAAUUUUUAAAGUUAUAGUCUUUAGAUUUGAACACCUUUUUAAAAAGGGAAAGAUAGUGAACCCUUUAAACCCUAAGCAUCUAAUUUCUCUUCACAGUAAUACUGCUGAGUUAUUCACUAAUAUUAUGGGAAUAAAGGAAAUGAUCACAUAGGAAGCUUUGAUUGUUAAUCAAAUUCUCCUUGUCAGUACCAAAGGAAAUGUAUAGAAAAGAGUAUGGGGAAUAUGGAUAGUGAUGUUGCUAUGAUACAAGGGUUAAUAAGUAUGAGGGGUAGUAUUCACAAUAGCUGAAUUUUUGGGACCUUUUUCUUACUUGGAUUUAUCAUCUUAAGUUCCAUGAUGGUUGAUUGCUAGUCAACCUAACAAUAGUUUUCCAUGUUGUUGUGGUCUGUUGGUAAUAGAUCACAGACAGAUGACAUCAAAUGUGGUUAGUGCAAAAAGGUUGCUCAGGAAGCACAGUUGAGUGUGUCACUGAUGUUUUUACUUCAUUUUGAUGUCUUCUGGGAUCUUGAACUGAAUAAACACAUGUCAACGUGGAAUCUAUUUGUUAAUUAUAUAAUUAACAAGGGAAGGCUGUUCAGGUCAUCUAUGUGUCUGCCCUGCAAGAGAUUAUUAAUAGGAACCAAUCAAAAUAUGUGGGGUAAAGCAAAUAAUUCAGUUUAUUAUGAUUAUGAUGAAAUAAUUAUAAUGCUUUAUGGCUGCAGUAUGGGUUAUAUCUUCACUGAUGUUAGUUCCUUUGACAGAGCUUCUGAAUGAUUCAAGAUAAAUUGUUUCAAAUACAUGUGCAAUAGCCCAAGGUAAAUAAGCCACCAUAAAGACUUUCAAAGCUGAUAUUUUUAAGUGUUAGCCCUUUGUCAGAGUGAAUGGUUAACGCUUGAAACAUCAGCUUUGAAACUCUUUAUGUGGCCAAUUAACGUUAUCAACUCAGUUGAUAGUACCAAAUUUCUUUCUUGAUGUGGGCUGUUCUGCACUCAUAGAGGGGAAGAUUAGGUAGUGAGUGAUUUCUGAAAAUAUUUAUCUCUCCAGGGUUAUUGAAAGGUAUCCUAAGUUUUUUUUUUUUUUAAUUAGAGUUUUCAUUGCAGUUUGCAAAAUAUUCCUGCUGAUCAGUUAACAAGUAUUUUAUUAAAUAUGAGUGCAGGUGUUGAUUAGGAAUUGUUUUAAAUCAUUUCAGGGAGCUUGGAUGUGAAGUUAUUCUUCUUUCCCCCUCUGAGCUCAGUGAACGAUUUCCAUGGCUCAAUACAGAUGGCAUAUCACUAGCUUCCUUGGGUUAGCAUAUGUACUAUUGAGAAGCUAUUUAUGGUUUUGUGAGACUCCUAAUCAAUUAUUGAUUUGACAAUUUAACACAAAUUUUUUAGGCUUUAAGUCUUUGUGUUAAAUUUUAACCCAAAGAUAUUCAGUGUAUAAAUUCAAACCUACCCCCUUGUGUUCUGUAAGACUAACAAGCAAUAGGAUGACUCAAAAUUUUUUGUCUAGUUGGGUUUAGAGGAACAAGAGAAAAGGUAAGUUGGAGUAGUAAUGGGAGCUUGAAGAGUGAAGGGUGUGGCCUUCAUCUGACGGCACAUCUUGAUUCCAGCUGGCAAUCUUUGGUGUAGUCAAUUUUCCAAUUUCCAUUUGGUAAAAUUAAAUUACCCUUAAAUGUUCAUACCAUUCAGUGUCAGUGUGAGAUGAAUGCCUGGUAGCUCAACAACCAGUGUCAUUUUCUUUGAUCCCACUGUAGGGAAAGAUUAAGUUGCAUGUGAGUUCAUGAUAAUAAUUUUCUAAAAAACAAUAUUCUUGUUACUUGAAGUUAUUUUAUCAGAGAGUACCGUAGAUCUUUUGGAUCACAUCCCAGAAGUGUAACAUAGCUUUUUGCUAAAAUAUUUCAGGAACAGGAAGGGAAGGUUGGUUUGAUCCAUGGUCACUCCUCAAUGCCUACAAGAGGAAGGCUAUCUCUUUGAAUGUGGAUUACAUCACUGGAGAGGCAGUGGACUUUGUUACUGAUCAGAAUGGACAAAUAUGCAGUAUAAAGGUUUCAACUAAUAUCUAGUUCCUAUUUAAAGGUUUAUGUUUUUAUUUGUUUAUCUUAAAUCCUGAAUCCAUUGUUCAAAUGAAAACUGACAUUCAAGAAGAUAGCCUAUACCUUACGGCACACGCCCAAUGUAUUUCAUGUUUCUAAUCUUGUACCUCUGUUAUUUUGUAACAUGACACUUGUGGCAUGUGUGGCAUCUGAUGAUCCACCAGUAAAUUUUCUGUGUUUGACUGGGUAAAGCAAAACUACGACCAUAUUAAUUUCAACUGUCAAUUGAAAAUUGCCUUGUGGACGCACACAUUUGUAUCUUUUUGUAAUGCUUUGACAACCCUUGCGAUACAGUCGGCUGACAUAGAAGAUGCUUCUUUGUAGGUUGUUACCAGUUCAUCUUCCAAUGAUCCACAAACCAUCCACUGUAGGUUCAUGGUGAAUGCUGCAGGUGCAAGGGCAGGGUAUCUCGCAAGGAAGCUUGGGAUAUAUCUGCCUGUGGAGCCAAGAAAACGCUGUGUGUUUGUACUGAGCUGUCCAGGCGCUCCAAACAAACAUCAAAUGCCAUUGGUUGUUGACACUACUGGAUGUUACAUACGGCCUGAAAGUGGCUCUUACUUAUGUGGAAUGUCCCCACCAGAGGCAAGUACUUGAGAUCAAUAUCAGUAUCUGGGCAACUGCCCACCUACCCCUCCCCUAAUCCAACAACAGUCAAUUGAUAACAAGUUAGGGCUAAUGUUGGGUUAGGGGAGGGGUAGGUAGGCAGUUGCCCUGAUACUGAUUUUGAUCCAGUACUUGCAUGGAUGAUUUAGAGAUUGAAGGAACAAAACAUACACCUUGUUAGAUUACUUUUUUCCAACCCUCUUAAUACGAGAUUACUUUGAUAGAGUUAAAUGAUACACGAAACAUGAUCAUUGGUUCUUUAACCUGUCCCACCUACCUAAGGCAAAUUUCCUUAUUUUCAGACCUUCAAAAAAUGACUCUUACUUUACAUUCUGUUCACAGGAAGAGGAUAUAGAAACUUCCGACUUUGAAGUAGACUAUGACUUUUUUUACGAAACGAUGUGGCCAAAGUUAGCUCACAGAAUUCCUCUAUUUGAGUGCAUUAAGGUACGUAAUGUAUCUGAAUAUUUGAUAGAAACUUGUUUUUGAUAGAAAUUUUUUGUUUUAUUUUACUUUAUUUAAUUUUUUUUUCAAGCGGAAGUGGAGGCGGAAAGGAUUUUUCGAGCAGUAAACAGAGACAAGCCCAAUCGACGGGUUACAAAAGGCCAGGCCCUCAAACAUAAACCUGUUAAGAAAAAAUCAGAACCCCUUAUGUAAAUAACCAAAAUACGUCAAGCGUAUGCAAUGUAAAUACUUUAGGGUUAAAUGAGAAUUGUUUUAAGGGUUGGUGUAGAAGGCCGGUUUUGGUUAAGAUUUCGUGCCCAAACUAAAGUAGAUUUUGCUCUACCUUGCUUAAAUUUUUGGUAACUGUUAUACUUCUCUGAUUCAUGAUAUAGGUUCAAAGCGCUUGGGCUGGUCACUAUGAAUACAACACACUGGAUCAGAAUUGCAUAAUAGGACGUCAUCCCCAAAUAAGGAAUCUUAUUUUCGUAAACGGCUUUAGCGGUCAUGGUAUACAGCAGUCUCCUGCAGCAGGGCGAGCCGUCAGUGAGUUGAUAAUGGACGGUGGUUUUCAGACAAUUGAUCUUUCGGCACUUGGCUACGAACGUGUAUUGAGCAACGAAUCGAUGAAAGAGAAAAACAUCGUUUAGUAAAGAAAAUCACCAACCUUUGUGGUAGAAUUUUCACUACAUCUUUGUUCUGUGACCUAAGCUCCAUCUACGCCGAAUGCUUUUUGGAAAAACCGCGGUUUCCUUUUUUGUCUUCCUUUCUCAUAUCCACAAAAAUACUCAUAGUAAAGUUGGUGAGAGUGGACAAUUUUAGAAACAGUUUCAAGAGAGGAGUCUUUAAAAAUCGCAUCGAUUUGAAAACGUCUCAUUCCUAGAGUGGAUACCAGUAAGUGGGAAGGGG